AUGGCUAGAACCCAAGCUCCACGACUGACGGCCCCUACAUCAUGGAUCACAAUUCAAAUCCCCGUUAAUAAAAAUAUCUCAGAUGGUAAAUCGGAGGAAGGAAAGAAGUGGCUUGAAAUCAUCGAACCGCUUACAAAGGAUUCACAGCCAGGUUUCGAGCAUGGAGUAUGGGGCCGAUUGAUUGAACGCCCUGAAGAAGUUUGGCUUAUUACUGGCUGGGAAACUUUUGAAGCCAUACAAAAAUUCGAGGAAUCCGAUGUGUAUGAAGGACAAUUGGAAGCAAUGAGAGAGCUUUCGAAGGGAAAAGAACCAAUCAUUACGCAUGCUCAACUAUCAGGCGACUUCUGGAACAUGUUGACCGAUUAUACUGGGAUUACGGAUGCUCAUUUUCCAGAGGACAUAGACGAUGAGUCAAAGAAGAGAGUUAAUGACUUGAAAGGGUUGAUUUACUUCUUUGCGCCCGGAAAGAAGUCGGGUAAAAGUGCAUACAACGGCAAGGCAAUCAAAGGCUGGGUGAAUGAACCGGUUGAGUAUGAGAAGAAACGAACCAGAGUCAUGAGGUAUCUGCAUUACUGGAACAGUACGGAAGGGGAAGAAGAAUUCAAAGCAGAAGCUGGAUUUGUCACCGAAGCUGGAGAAUCGAAGAACACAUUCAGCGAGUGGGUGGCAGGCCUAAAAAGUGAGGGGAUGCUGGGGAUGAGAGAAGUGCAUUGUAAAUUUGAGACUAUUCCUUGGAAAGUCUGGGAAUAUACAUCUGAAGAGGAGAGAGAAAUGGCAGAAAUGGAUGCGGAGGAGUAG